AUGUCAAUAGCUAAUAAAAUGUUCGUUCCUGUCACCCAGGAAUUGGACUUCCAGGAAUCCAUGCGAAGGAACCAACCAGAGGAGCCAUUUUGCUCCCUGCAGCGCGUGGGAAAGGACAGCGCACCCAUUCGGCUGUUGGGCCAAGGUUGCGUCACAAUCCUGAUCCAGGAGAGGGUAGAGAGCAGCAAUUGCGAGUGGUUCGCAGCCGCCUUGGGCAACCUGGAAUGGUUGCGGUUCUGUCUGAAUCCGGACCUUGAGGGAAUCCUCACCGAUAACAAGGGUUUCACUGCCAUCCACUUUGCAGCCCAAAAAGGCAGGCUCGAAUGCCUCCAGGUCUUGGUGGAGGAGUACCAGUUUCCCGUGGACCUGCCCACCAAGAACGGCCAGACACCGCUGCACCUCGUCAUCCACAAGGAGAACAGGAACGUGGUCCUCCCCUGCGUUCACUAUCUGCUUCAGCACGGGGCGGCCCUCAACACUCAGACACGCAAUGGCUCCACACCGCUGCACCUGGCAGCCCGGGAGGGCCUGCUGAGCUGUAUCAAGGUCCUGGUGAAGAAUGGCGCCAAUGUCCAUGCCCAAGAUGCCAUAGGCUGCAAGCCCAUCGACUAUUGCAAAAUAUGGAACCACCGCGUCUGUGCUCGGUUCUUGAAGGAUGCCAUGUGGAAACGGGACAAGAAGGACUUUGCCUGUGAGAUGGGGAAGCUGAAGGGGCUCAAAGGCCGCCUGGCCUUCAUGGAGCGGUACUACCAGACGGAGUAUCAGGAAGAACAACAACUUCUGAGACAAGCUGAUUUCAAGAAGUGGCUCGAUCAUAAGCCACUGCCUCGAGGCCAAUCUCUGAUCCACAGCAUUAAGCAAGAGCCCCAAGCCCCUCCCUGGGCCAUCCCUGUCUCCAAGACCCCCAACCUGUCCAAGCACUUCCACCUCUCCCCAGAGGAGCACCUGCAACAGACACCACAGCCCAAGCCGCAGCCCUCGGUGACAUCCACACCCCACUACAUGCAUCCCACAGUUAGGCAGUCCAAGCCGUGGAAUAUUAGCAAUAACCCUGCCAGAUCCCCCACCGCCCAGAUCGGCUCCCCACAGGGCAUCCGCCUGGGUGUGCAUCCAGAGCCCAGCCUGGAGCACGACUUCAGCGGAUUCCUCAAGAUCAGGUCUGAUGGGCAAGGUGGUACGCACUUGCACACGGUGACUGGCAAGGAGGUGGCCCCUGUGCCUCGGCUGCCUUUGGAGGUGAUAGUCCGUGAGCUGUACCCUCAGAUGCGGCCGUGCAGGAUGAAGGUGCCCCAGGGCUUCCACUCUGUCAGCAUAAAGGACGUGGACCGGAAGCGGUACUUGGGCGACAACACCUUCUGGACCGACACUCUGGCCAUGAACUUACGUGAAACAUUUGACGAAGCCUUCCUGGCAACAGUGCAAGCCCAUCAGGGGCUCCCCAUUCUGCCCUGCCCGUAA